AUGGCAGGCUUCGCUCAUCAGUUCAAGCGUGACUUCCACCCAGCUGAGGCGGCCGACCUGCGAAAGCUGGUGCCGCUUGGCAGGAUUAAGCAAGCACUUGUCUGGACUCCUACUUACGCCUACGCGGUGGAGGAAGACAACGCGAGAGGCGAGAUUGACAGGCUUGCAUUGAGGAUAGAUCCUCCUCGCGUGAGCGCGAACUUUCUGGCUCCGGUGGAUGAUGUAAAGAACAGGCGUUGCCAAGAGUGGACAAUGGACUUCCUGCGACUCCUGGUUGCGAGAGGUGUCAUCGAGGCAGAGGCUGUAGAGACAGCGCAGCAGGAGAGACGCUCCAAGUUUUGGCAUUGGGCUCAGAUCAGUCGCGAACAGAGUAGCCGGUGA